AAGCGAGCGACUUACCUGCAGCUCGUCCGUACUCGCAACGCGUGCUCCUUACCUUUUUCCUUGAUCAUCACGCUCAUCCAGAUCUUCAUAGACGGCGACGUAGCCUUCAACGUGUCUGCAAUUUGCGAUUCCGACGACCUCCUACAUUUAAUAUCUGAGCUCUGCGCACCUCUUCGUCAGAUCCCAUUUGACUGGUGACGACGCGGUGACGAGCUACCGAGACGACACCUCUGACAACACCAUGAUGAAGAAUUCUUCAGAGCUCAGCAGCAAGCUGCCCUCGACCUCGACAUUCUCUUUCAUUGCUCCCUUUCCAUCAUCAACCGAGUGUUCAUCGGCUUCAUCUACGCCCCUGAAACAGCGGCGUGUUUCCCUCGCUUUGCCUGACUCUCCACGGCUGUUCAGUGCGUGGAAGUUCCGCGAUGACACGGGACUCGGCGUGCACUCUUCCAGCAGCGAAUCUUCGAGUCUCGCACCCGAGAAGAGGGGCAAGAUGCGCAGGAUCGAUGACAACAAUGACCGCCUCCAAGACGAAGAGCCUCCUCUGCCCGCUCCCGAGAAGAAGCCAAGAAAGAAGUGGACAAUGGAGGAGACGCAGAUGUUGGUGAAUGGAUGUAACAAGUGGGGCGUAGGGAAUUGGAAGUCUAUACUCAACGACCCAGAGUUCAAGUUUGACAAUCGGUCACCCGUGGACCUCAAGGACAGGUUCCGUACCUACUUCCCCGAUGCAUACAAGCAGCAUUACCCCAAUGCCAAGACUCACCUCUCCUCCAAGAUCCGUUCUGCCCUCCCCGACGGGACCUCCAUAUUUGAAAAGACGCGCAGUAAGAAGCGGCGGCCGUUCACGGAGGAGGAAGACCGAGCACUAAAGGCGGGAUACGACAAACACGGCACCGUGUGGGCGACGAUCGUGAAGGAUCCCAUAUUCCAAGAGCAGAAUCGACGCUCCACCGACCUGCGUGAUCGUUUCCGGAACGCAUUUCCAGACUUGUAUCAGGCUGCGGGUUACAAGCCGCGGAACUCCGCAAAGAAGAAGGGGCAGGUGCCGCAGCCUGUGAGGGCUGCCACCGAUGAUCAGAUCGCAUCCAGCGGCGCGACAGGCCCUGUGCGGAGGACGCGUAGACACACUACACAAGGGCUGUUUCGGGGCGGAACAAAGAGCGUGCCCGAGAGCGCGACGUGUUCGGAGGAUGAGGACAGCUCAGACGGCGAAGAGGAGCUGUCAAGGACUAUUCUCAAGCAGACCAGUCCGCCAGCAGAAGUGACGGCCGCGUCAGCGUCCGCAUCCGCAUCCACGCCCGAGCCGUUUGCGAAUGAGAUGGACAUACAGACUGCGGACCCUUUGGGAGAAUUUCUCUCAAACCCUGACGUGAUUCCUAGUUCGUCACUUUCAGAGUUGACGGACUCGUCACAAUCGCAGACAUGGUCGUCCAGCCUCGAUAGGCCGCCCAAUCCUGGCACCUGGUCAUCUACCACAAAUGCCGCAUCACCUACCUCAUCGCACAUUUCUUCAGACUACUUUUUGAGCCAUUCCCCAUUCCAUCGACGGAAUGAUGGCUUUCCGACUAUGAUUGGGAAGUCGGCUUGGGGUCCACAAGACUGGCUAUCGCCCAACCCGCGUCUUGAUCCAUCUGCCGCGUCGAGUUGUAGUUCCUCUUUUGCGGGCGGCGCCUCACCCGCGCCUUCUUCGCCAUUCUCUUUCGCGCACCUCAACCAUGGCGUGCUCGACCGAUAUGACCUCUUCCCACCAUCACUCGCGCACGACUUCGCGUCGGAGGUCGGCAUCGGCGACACGCACUCGACAUUCUCAGAUCCGGACAUGUUCACGCCCAGCAGCUUCCGCGGGUUUACACAUCAUUCGGACUACGCUGGAGAUCUCAUCUUUGGUGCGCGUACACACCAGCCGCCUCAACCAUUUGAUUACGGGCCCGGCUUCGGGUUUGGCAGUGCAGGGCUGGGGCUGUCGGGCUUGCAGUCGCCGUCUGUGGGCGGGUUGCAUCCUAUGCAGUUGCAUACUCCCGCGUUGCCUGGCAUUGAUGAGAUUGAGUUGACGUCGAUCACUCUUAACGACCAGGUGGAUAUCCAUGAUCCUAUGGAGGAGACAGUGGACACUGCCGUUCCAAAGGAUGACCAGGACUGCGCGAUGAGCCUUGCGGACAUAAGUGCAUUCAGCUUUCCUCAGCAGACAUUGGACGAUAUUGUCGGCCUCACGCACGAACUCACGCCACCAGGGACGCCGCAGACGACGGCUUUGCGACCAUUCAGGCAGCAGUCCAAUAUGACAGCGGCGCAUAAUCGCUCAGUGUCUGUUCCUCCCUCAGAACAUCGCACGGCUGUGCCUCGAGCAGCACAGACACAAUUGCUGAAGUCAAGGCCCUUGCACACGUCGCCGCGUUCGUUGUCGCUUAUGGAUCUUCUUCCGCUGCAGCCGAACAACCCUGCGGCGCCUCAUGAGCAGACGUAUCAGAACACAAUACCAUUCUCGAUGGACAGCUGGCGGCAGCAAGGAGAUAUGUAUGACCUGCCCUUCCUCGAUCUGCACUAUUAUACGAACAACGUCGUGUCUACUACCGAUGCCAUGGAUGCCGGACCAAGCACGGCGUUCUCGAGGACCAGCGCGGAUAUUGCGAGGCAAGGACAAGCACUCGACUUGGCAGAAACGUUUGCGACGGCGUCCCGGCUAGGCCUCCCGCCUUCAUUAACGCAGCACAUCCCGAUGAUGUCGCAGAGCGCGAAUAGCACACCACCCGCGAUGGGCCGCAUGAUGCCAAUGCAUCAUCGCGGGCAGAGCUCGGUGUCGCCGCAGGACCUACUACUCCGCAAGGGGAACGAAAACAAGCGGAAGCGGUCCAGCUGGGAUGGAGUUCACUAAUACGCUUCCGUUCUGCUUUUGUUCUUUGUCAUGGUACGCUGCUUGCGCUUACUUCGCAUGCGUGUAACGGACUUGGUGGAUUUUGUCAGUUGACUUUGCAUGUGAGAAAUCACGAUUCGGCUUUGGAUAAUCUCUCUUUACUGCAGAUUAUUGUGUUUAUUUGUUUGCCAUAUUCUCGUCUUCAGUUGAUCCUAGUGUUACCGUAUGUUGCAUCUGUGAAUCAUCCCUCAGGCUAAGUCGUAUCACAUCAUAAUGUGAUUGCCCAUGGCAGAAGCUACACCAAAUGAAAAACUCGGAGGUUCAGAAAUGC